CUGCUCCGUGCGCGAAGGGAUGGGAAAAUAUCGAGCGAUGCGCUCAAGAGGUACACACUGACACCUAAUGACAAACAUCACGCCGUUAUCUUUUCACAGUGAUACGCAUCCAACACAAAACUUUACGGACAUUCCAGGUGACAUAGCUAUGUUGGUACGGUAACACUGUCUUAAUCCAGAAUGGAUUACAUACGGGAGUUUGACAUCCGACUGGAUCGGGAAAUGUAUUAUGCCGGCGAAACUCUAGUUGGUCAUGUGGUCCUGGACACAAUUGAAAAUUUCAAACUUCGCGCGGUUAGAGUUGUCUUGCGAGGGAAGGCACAUGCAGAGUGGAAGGUGGUUGUCAGCGGAGACAGACGGACUGUUAAAGAUGACCAAUACUUCAUUGACGACAGAGCUAUUAUCUGGGGAAAAGACAAACCAGAAGGUAACGUACCAAUUCUACCUCGUGGUCUCCACCAAUUCCCAUUUCAAUUCCAACUACCAGAGAGUUCUCUCCCUUGUUCAUUUGAGAGUAGACCAGGCUUCAUACGAUAUUAUAUUAAGGUCACAGUGGAUAUUCCUUAUGCUUCUCCGCCACAGGGCAUGAAGUAUUUCACCAUAAUAGGACCUCACAUUGACUGUAUGGACGAACAUUAUCUGAAACCGAUGGUAGGGCAGGACAAACGAACUACAUGCUGUCUCUGUUGUGAGAAGGGCCCCGUCGUACUUCGAACACAACUUGAGCGAUCGGCUUAUGUGUGCGGUGAAUCCAUAAAACUUCGAGCCAGCAUAGACAACCAGGGUGAAGAAGAGGUUAGGCUUAAAGUGAAAUUAAUUCAGUAUGUGGAAUACUUUAUUGAUAGAGGGGUACUGGGGGUCAACAAAGAAAUCCAGCAUCUCGUUCUAGAAUACAAAGGAGAGGCAGUCGAACCGAACACUCGUUCUAAGUGGGAUUCAGCGCACAGCUUGGUUGUACCUGUGAUGCCUCCGUCUCUAGUCGGGGUGUGCAGACUGCUACAGAUAUACUAUGUGCUCAAGGUUAAUCUGGAGUUUGAAAAAUCUGGUGAUGACCUCCAAAUGCACUUUCCCAUUACAAUAGCGACAGUGCCAUUCAGAAUCCCAAACUCCAAUCAACAGCCCAACGUUCACUAUGAGGUGAGUUGCGAACAUGUUGAGGGAGGUCUCUACAUUGGUCCGGAGUUCCUACUCGGCGAAGUCUAUGACGGCACCACCAGUCACGACUCUCAAAGGGAAACUGUCGUCUUGUAUCGCCCAGUUUAUGUGUCAGUUGUCAAGCCCAGCACUCAACACGUCUAGUAGACAAACGGCAUGUAUUUGACUGAAGUUAAUACUUCUUAUUCAUUGGCUGUUUUACAGCAACCAAACAAAAUAAUUCUCGUGGAAGGCACAGAUAAAAGAUACUUGGCAAAUGUUAAAGAUUUGUGUGCUCAUGAUGAAAAUGGGAGACUGAGUAUCGGUUCAUAUCCGAAAUAAAUUAAAGCCAUGCUGAAUAGAAUUAUUCAGAAAAUUUUGUCGACAUAUUUUAAUUCCUUGCACAUUAACCCUACUAGUGGGAGUUUGGAACAUUUUGUCUAUCACACUACGCUAUAUAUACCAGAUGGUGUAAAAGUUGUUUAAAUAUGUGUUGAAAUAUGUAUUUUUAAAUAUUACCUUUAUUCAAAAGUGUCAGAUGACACUACAGUUGGUGAGAUGCGCUGUUACUUGUUAGUUUCCAAUAAAAAAAUAAAUGUGAUUAAUUUAUAAACAAAAUACCUGAUUUUAAUACUUCAAUGGAAAAUAUUUUUGUUGUGUAAUGAGUCAUCGAACUGAAUAAAUCUUUUUAUACACGUAUGUAGGAAUAUUCUACAUAACGUAAAUGAGUUUCAUUCAAAUCAUUUGUUUUAGUUUCUCUGCACUGUCUAGAAACCGUAAGGAAGCUACGAGAAAGAGUAAUUCUGAGGACAGGGGCCCUACAAAAAAUAUAUUUCAUUUUUAAUUUGGUUGUGAUAAAACAAUCGUUCCAAUAUACAUACAGGAACACAACUUACGCUGGAUUCACAUAUGAAGUUCUGUGCCCAAAUUCUGUUGGAAUAUUAAGCUAUUUUUAAUUUUUUCACUUAUCAGGUUUGACUGAGGACAAUACAUUUACUGAUUUGAACUGUGCAUAUUAUGUGUUAACAUUUAUUUCUAAUAGUCACUAGCAAUAUCACAAGAAGUAUUUUAAUAAUGCUAAAAAAAAUUAAUAAACUCUAAAAAAGUAAAUUUUGUAUAUCUGACUACAGCAUGGACAUAAAAACUGGAAGCCCUAAUUUCAAUUGUGGUCUCCGUAAAUAAUUCAAAGUUAAUGAAAGUGUGGUAGUAAUGUGUUCCCAUAUUUGUGAAUUUUGAAGGAAAGGGUUGUUGUAUAAAAUAAGGAUUAUAUCUUGAGCUCUCUGUAAGCCCCUUAAAAGCAUUUUAGUUCAAUAAGUCUGGUGGUUCUAUAAUUCCUACAGUUCUGCAGUUUCUUAAUUUCACAUCAUGUUGUCAAAUUAACACCUAUUUUAAUUUGACUAUAAAUUAGUGAUGAACAGAAAAAAAGUUUUGAAAGAUCAUCUGAUUAACUAAUAUUGCCUUCAGAGUUUGCAAUUAUUAUGGCGUUCUAUAUUUUGUGUUGAAGUUCUGAUGAUAAUUUCACUUUUUUGGGAAGCCAUAGUAAAACGCUGUUCAGAAAAUAAACUACAGAAAGACAUUAGAUACUUGAAAUGUGACUGGUAGCUUCACAAUAAUUAUGGCUAUUCAUGUUUUGAGUUUUUAGUCAUAGUUCAGUGAUUUUUCCUAUCCCUCCACCCCUUGCCACCAAGAAAAUGAAUAAUAUGAAGAACGAAUUUAAUAUCAAUAAUUUAAAUCUGUCAUACGUUGAAGAAAUACAGUGGUACCUCAAUAAAAAGAAACAGUAUCAUCACAGAUUGUCAUUAAAAUGUCCAUAAAUUACAUGAGACUGCUAUUCAUAUUAUCCGUGAAAAUUACAUAAACAGCUACUGGCCUAAUAUAGAAGCAACAAAAUAAAUAUGCGUAACUAUGGACCUAAAAGAAACAAACUAAAACAAACCAGACGCCAUCAUUAGCGUAUCUUCAAUCACGAUACAACAUAGCGACACUUCACAUCUGUCGCCAUACUGUAGAUGUUAAGUGUUCAAGUGAAACAAAAAUAUUCUGGAGCAUCCGCAAUGCAACUGACGAAGUCAAGUGUAUAAACAAUGACUUAUACACCAAAAUAAUGAUGUUUACAUGUUACUAAGUAUAUUACUUUGUUCAUUCAUGGCAUUAGUUCAUUUUAGUACUAUAUGUAUAAAUUGGCAUGUUAGAAGAAAUUAAAAAUGAUGUCUAAUAUUUUCUCUUCAAAGUGAAUAAUCAUUCCUGUUUUAAUUAACGAGACACAAUACUGCCCGUUAUGAACUUCCGGUAAAUAACACUUCCUUAUGAACAACUAAACUAGGUUAUGGUUUCAGAUAUUUUAAUGUACUUUAGUGUUGUACAAAACUAUGGAAAAUAUACGUAUUCAUUCAUGUUUAACACUGAAUUUUCCACCACUCUAAAAUCCUUAAAAAUACAAACUCUCAUGCAAAUUUAUAACUGUGAGAUUUAUUACAUUUGCAAAAUACAAGCAGCACCAGUAUGAAAGAAUAAUGCUCAGUUUCUUAUGAAGAGAGCCCACAAUAUUAUUAAAAAAUAUUGUGGGUUCUUUUUCCAUUAGCGAAGCAGUAUUUUAAGAACUUUCAUUUAGGAACAACCGGUUUCUAUCAUAAAUCUCAGUGAAUGUCAAAUGAAUACCAUUUUAAGUGUUCCAAUUUAAUUUCACGUCUCUUUAAUACCUGUAAACAUGACUUAUUAAUUACGAUCUUGAAGUGCUGAAAAUUAAUGUCUGAUAAUAUGUGUAAUGUAGACGUAAUUUGAUCGCACUAUGACGAAUCUGUCUAGUAUAAAUGUUUUCCUACCUGUGGAAAGGCAGAUUAUCUGACCGACCUUUUCUUGUGUUUCUAUAAUCUGUACUACACGGAGAUGUCAAGAAUUAUUUGACUGAGGCAAAGGCAAGAGAGAAUCUGGCACACACACACAAAAAAAAAAAUACUCUUACAUUUCCAAAAUUAUAUGGGAGAUGGGAAAGCGCAAAUUUCGGCCACGAUCCUCAGCACGUGACAUCUCUGCUCGUACUGAAUUUGCUACUCUUAUACAGAGUAGUUGAGAUGUAUUUUCUUAAAUGGAAACUGUAAAAGCCUGCUGCUUUUCUGGUGUAUUAGUGAUGCAACUAAGAAGUCUGUAUAUUUUGUAAUGAAGAAUAGGGCAGUGUAAUAAACAUGAUUCAUGAAAAUAAUUAAUUUUAAAAAGACGGUAGGUGUGAUAUCUGAUAGCAGUCAACACAUGUAGUUGUACAAGUUUCUUCCAAUAUUUUUCUUCGUGUAGUUAAUAUUUCCUUAGUGCCAAAAAAGUACUAGUACUGUCAUUAUGUAACAUAUAUUUGUAAUUGUUGUUAUGAAAAAAACCCACGAAGAAAAAUGUUAAUUAGACUGCAAAAACAUGAAAUAAUGAUUAAUAAAACUGUACAUAUGUUUUUAAAAUUAUAUUAUCUGUGUAUAAAUGAAAAUCACUUUGAGGCUGAAACAUCUGUCAACUCUUUGCCAACAUAGGAACAACGUAUGAAAAUGUAUUCCAUGGUGGUUCUCUAACUUUCAAAACCUGUUUACUGUUUUAACAAGGCACCUAGUUUGCUUAUUCUCACUCGUCACCACAAACAGAAAACCAUCACGAGAAAUACUUGAAAUAAUAAAUGAAUUUUAACGAGAGAACAUGGUCAAUAAAUCUUAUAUUUUACUUUGUGUCA